AGUUCAUGUGCGCAAAACGUGGACAUCACGACGCUCCUUGACAGAAACACGUAAAACGCGUUCGUAGUCACUUAAACGCUUCUUUUUGAUUAUUUAAAUGAGAGCGAGAGAGUAAGAAAAUUCUUCCGCACGCUGUUUGUUAUCAUCAGCCAUCAGUCGGUCGGUUGCUGACAAGUAGAAUACAUAAAACGUGAACUUUGAACGGUAACUAAAAAGAAUUUACGAUAUGCUGUGUUGUUACAUGUAAAAAAAUUUUGCCUGAUAUUUUGCAAUUCGUCAAUUCGACUGCAACUUGAGAUUCUUACGAUGGCACCUGGAAACAAUAUUUUGAAUAGCAAUCAGUUGAGAAAUUCCAACAUAUCGUCGAGCCUACCUGGAUCAUCUCCACCCUUUCAACCUACUGGAGCUAUACCACCUCCAUUACCACCUCGCCAAUCAGUUGAUAACUAUGUAGGAUACAGGCCAUAUAAUUCUACUUAUAAUUAUGGAAACUUUGGAUAUGGAGGUGGUUACAGGGGUUAUGGUGGAUAUGGUUCUUUUGGAAGUUACUUGCCCUAUUCUGGUAACAGUUAUGGAUCUAUUGGUGGAUACAGUGGUGAUGCGGAACAUAGAUUUCAACAGUAUCUAGAAGAAAGUACAAGAUCGACUUUCUCUGUAGUAGAGACCAUACUACAUACAUUUUCAUCAAUCACAAUGUUAUUGGACUCAACGUAUUUUGCUCUAACAAGUUCCUUCAGAGCAAUUUUGAGUGUGGCAGAUAACAUUGGCAAAUUACGUUCAACAAUUGGGCAGCUUUUCAGCACAUUUGCUUUGCUCAGAGUUUUGAAAUGGGCUUAUAGAAAAGUUUUAAUGAUGCUUGGUGUUCAAACACAGAGCGCUAUCAGUGAAAAUUUAUGGCAGCAAUCAGUGACGCAAGUCUCGAACGGAGAACAGAUACUACCAGGCAACGGACGGAUUUCUCCGUUUGUGAAUUUCCUAAUUUUCGGUGUGUUCGUAUCUAUUCCAUUUUUAAUUCACAAGUUGUCGAAUUCUUUAAGACUGUCUCAAAUACGAGUUGACGAUCCGAAAGAAUGGGUGAAAUGCGAGGAUCCGGUGUGCGUAGCAACCGCGAUAUACGAUUUCACAUCAUUGUCUAGCGGGGAAUUGAAUUUGAGAGCUGGUCAGAAGAUCUGGUUGGCGCCACGAUCUCUUCAACCUAAGAACUCGUCUGGUUGGUGGUUAGCCACUGACAGUGCAAGUGUCGGUUUAGUGCCUGCCAACUAUGUCACUAUAGUGGGACAGUUAAAGAAAAAGACGGAAUUGAAAAAUAAUGGAAACGACACGUCACCGUUAAUUUCGACUUCCGUGGAGAACGCCGCCGCUUCCACCGACUCAACUACGUACGUAAAUACGUUUGAUUCUAGUGCCAAUCAAAAAAAUACUGAUUUCUCUGAAAAUAACAUCAAAGACGAGUUAUUCGAGACCGCUAUGUGAGGGACCACACUAUCUAUUCUUUUAUUUGAUCAAUGAGAGAAAAGUGAUAUUAUCUUGUUCCGUGUCGUAUGGGUCGACGAAUUAUAACGGAUUUUUUCUUCAUUCAUCUUGAGAGAAAUACACAUCUCUCUGGAGUACAUGCUGCGAUCUGCGAGUGAACAAUUUACGAAUUGUUUGGUUUCUCAUAGUUUGUUGUGAAGAAGUAUCAAGUGCCUCGGUAGCUUGUAACUGGGAACGCGCUCUAACAAAUGAAGUGAUUCAAAUUAGUGAUAUUUUUUCACAUUGAAUUUUGUUUUAUCUGUUAUCGAGUUACAUAUGCGGACGAUUUUGUGGAGGCGCAGGUUCAUGUGAUUUGCAAUUUUCGUUAUUAGAGGGAAUAUAAUUACACUAUAUGUAAAUGUACACAUUCCCCGGGAUGGAAAUAAUUACAAUAAUCUAUGUUAUUCUUGCGAGUGGUCGCACUUCGUAAGCAAUACUACAAUUUGUUUUUAAUGUUUGAAUAUUGUAGAUAGUAAAAUAAAUUUUACAAUUGUUAAAUAAUAUUUAGUACAAUUUUAUGUAAUUCUUUAUAUCUCUAAAGACGCAAUAAAUUUGAUUUUCUCAUAGAAA